CAAGACAUGCCACGUGUACAAUUUCAGACUGACAGCGUACAAAGCGUCAUACAAAGCCGAGUACCGUAUCAGAAAAGAAGGUUAGGGUUAGUAUUUGGAAAUUCUGAUUUUCCUGUCUCUUUCUCCUCCGACUUCAGUCUGGGAAGAGAUUUAGGGCACAUGAUUCAGGAACUUUGAAGUACUUGAAAAUGGUUGAUACAAUGGUAUCGAGCUUUUGGGGUCCAGUCACGUCCACCACUGAGUGGUGUGAGAGAAAUUACUCUCAUUCUUCUUAUAUUGCAGAAUUUUACAAUACCAUAUCGAAUAUUCCAUGCAUUAUUUUGGCAUUAAUCGGCCUGAUUAAUGCACUGAGGCAACGGUUUGAGAAAAGAUUCAGCAUUCUUCAUAUAUCUAAUAUGAUACUUUCCAUUGGGAGUAUGCUAUUCCAUGCCACGCUACAACAUGUACAACAACAAAGUGAUGAAACACCCAUGGUAUGGGAGAUGUUGCUGUACAUCUAUGUCCUCUACUCUCCAGAUUGGCACUACAGGAGUACAAUGCCUACUUUCUUGUUUCUAUAUGGCAUUGCCUUUGCCAUUGCUCAUUCACAGGUGCGUUUCGGCAUAGGCUUCAAGGUGCAUUACAUAAUCCUUUGUCUCCUGUGCGUCCCUCGGAUGUACAAGUACUAUCUAUACACGAAGGAGGCAUCUGCAAAACGGCUUGCGAAGCUCUAUGUGCUGACCAUAUUUCUAGCGAGUCUUUGUUGGCUGUCUGAUCGAAUCUUCUGCAAGAAAAUAUCAAUGUGGCCCAUCAAUCCACAGGGCCAUGCGUUGUGGCAUGUGCUUAUGGGGUUCAAUUCCUACUUUGCAAAUGCCUUCUUAAUGUUCUGCCGUGCUCAGCAGCUAGGAUGGUCCCCCAAGGUUAAACACUUCAUGGGGCUUUUCCCCUAUGUGAAGAUCCAAAAACCAAAGACUCUGUGACAGUAAAAGUCCUUGGAACGAGCGGAUUGGAUGAUAGCGUUCUUUCUUAAACUUUGGAAGGUGUAUGUGCUUUUGCUGCGAGUUUUCACAUUUCUGUAAAUGGACGAUAGGAAGGUAACAAUCUUCUUCAACAGAAGCCGGUGCGUCCCGUGUACCAUAUUUAUGUUUCCUCUGCGUGAAUGAGAUUGAAAUCAUGCUUUUGGUCAUUUUUUCUUUGCAACAUCAUUUGGCUUUCCCUCUCAUUUUUUUCUUCUUUGGCUUUGCGCCCCCUCGUUUGUAGGAAAUGGAAGGAAAUCCAAUUCUUCAUUUAUUUGAACUUACAA